AUGCCCAGUCCCGUCUGGUCAGACAAAAGCGCAGCCAACUAUCCAUCAGCUCUGACUCUACACAGCACGCAACAAGACUCAAAGCAACCCCGCAAUGUACCCUACAGAAUGCCUCACGGCUUCGACAAGCUCCUCCACCACGAACCAGAAGCUGAACAACCCCCAACACCUCCAAGACGCCCAUCCACCCAAUCCCGCUACCACCUCCACGUCCGCCAACAACCCCUAGCAGCACGAGCCUGCGGCGCAGGUGACCGAGACCGCCGCCCAGUCGACCCACCCCCAAUCGUCCAAAUCCUCCUAAACGACUUCGACUCCAACUCCCAAGAAGACCGCGAUAUCCUCCAAGACCCGCGCUUCACAGUGGGCUGCCUCCUCUUCCCCGUCUCACCCCAAUCACCCUGGUCCGAACCCACCGAAUCAGCCUCCGACCCGCAAGACCAACCCCAAGACCGCGACAAAGACAAAGAAGGCGAAAAAGACCUCGACGACGGCGUCGCAAGAACAGACGACCCCUUCUCAACACCCCUCCUCUCCGGAAAAGCCUUCAUGUCCCCCUUCUACGUCGACGCAGACCCAGACCCAAACUCCGCCCCUCCACACCCGACUUCCUCUCUCAACUCCCAUCUCUCCAGCCCAUCAAAUGCCUACAAUCACCCCUCCGCGCGCCUCCACCAGCCCGCUACCUUCUUCAUCUUUGCCGAUCUGUCCAUUCGCUCCGCUGGCCUGUAUCGGCUUCAGUUCCGGCUUAUGAACUGGGGCUCUGUUGAAGAUACGGGCCAGUCGAUGCCCAUUCUUGCUGAGGCUUGGUCCGAUCCUUUUCGGGUUUAUCCUGCGAAGGAUUUUCCGGGUAUGCGGGAUUCGAGUAUUCUUGCUGAGGGCUUGAAGGAGCUUGGGUUUGUGGAAUUGAAGACGAGGGGGCAUGGGAAGGGGAAGGGGAAGAAGAGGCGCUGA